CAAAUAUGAAAACAAAUCAUGGACUUUUUUAACCUGUACGAGUAAAGUAUUUUAAAAUUUACGAUUUUAUUUUUAUUAAUUAUUUUUAUUUGAUUUAUUUUUAAAAGAGGACACCCCCUAUGUAAAAUUUAUGGGUCCGCCACUGCCUCCUUCUAACCUCGUCUACCCUUCUCCCAAAGAAACAAAUCAAUACUCUCGCUCCAUCGGAACCACCACUACGAUUAUGAAGAAGGUGGGAAUUCCGGCGGAAAUCACCGAUGACAUCUUGCGGAGGCUUCCGGUCGAUUGCCAGGCUCGAUUUUGCUGCCUCAGCAAAUCAUGGCGGGAUCGCCUCUCCGAUCCCUCUUACAUCCUGCAGAAGCUAUCCGGCAGCGAUCCUUCUUCUACAACUCAUCAAACUAUGAUUCGGAGCGGCGACGACUUAUUCUUCUGAAGCUCAUCAGUUUACGUUCUGCACUCGCCGCCGCUGGCUGACACGUUCAAGCCCUUCCUUCCGGGUAGGGAUGGCAAUGGGUCGGGUUGGGGCGGGUUUUUUCAAACCCAAACCCAUGGGUUUAUCCGCCAAAAAAACCCGGGAUAAAACCCGUUGGGUUUGAAAAACUCAAACCCAACCCAACCCGCUGGGUAUCCGCGGGUUCGUGGGUAUCCGUGGGUUUUUGUGGUAAAAAAUUUACAAUAACAAGUUUCUUUCAAAAUAAAAGUUUAACAUUAAU